AUGUUUCUUUGCUCUGACCAAACACGCACCUUGCACUACACUCUGGUUUGUGACUUCAAGCAGGACUGCAACGAUGGAUCUGAUGAAAUGUUUUGCACACGAAGUCAGACGUGUGUCGGGUACCAGUGUCAGAACGACGGUAACUUAACGUAUAAGACACUCAGUUUCUUCGAAUCUUGCCCCGAAACUCACUUCCGGUGUCCUCCUGACGGCUACUGUUUGCCUGUGUACGUGCGCUGUAACGGCGUGUACGACUGUCCCAACCGAGAAGAUGAGGCGAACUGCCAGGUGUACACGUGUUCAGGUUUCUACAGGUGUCGCGCCUCCACCGUGUGCGUGCACGUUGACCACAUGUGUGACGGCAGACCACAGUGUCCACAACACGACGACGAACUGUUCUGUGACCUCAGAUGCCCACAAGGCUGUGUGUGUCAGGGUCUUGCAUUUGUUUGCUCAGAAACAUUCGACAUGCAGAACGUUCCUGCCCUUCGUUAUUUAGAUGCUAGAGGGAGUGGUUUGUCAACAAAAGAUCUGUCUCCAACAAUUUACCUCGCGUGGCUUAGUCUCGCAGCUUGUAAUCUGCAAGUUCUUUAUAAUAUAUCGCUUCCUACUCUUCAAACACUUGACUUGAGUGACAACCUGAUCAGCUGGUUAGACAUGUCGUAUUUCAUGCAGUUUGAAAAUCUCCGCGUUCUUCGUCUAGCCGGAAAUCCAUUGCAGUUCUUGUUCACAAGUUACACAGAACCACAACAUUCCCCUUUGACGUAUCUAGACCUUUCGCGAACGUCGCUGAAAGUGUUUACAGGUGAGAUGCUGAGUAGUUUUUCCGCCAUACAGGUACUGAAUCUGUCCAUUAGCUGUCUUACAGAACUUCGUUAUGACAGUUUUUAUUACAUUCAAGAAGUGACCCACCUGGAUCUGUCCAAAACACAAAUCAGAAGAGUGCACAACGACACGUUCAAGCAUCUGAAGUCUUUAAAAGUCCUACAAGCGAGCUCCUACAAGCUUUGCUGCCAUGAACUGCUGCCAGACCUCGCUCACGAAGUGAUGUGUUUCUCACCGGAUGACAUUUUUUCGUCCUGCCAAAAUCUGUUGAGUUCAAAGACUGCUUUUGCUUUGGUCUGGGCUUUAUGUGUUCUUUCUUUAACUGGGAAUGUUUAUUGUAUCGUGCAUUCUGAAAUCAAGAAGAAGGAAAAGCACAGAUCCGUCUUUAAUGUCUUGAUGAUUAAUCUGCACGUGUCCGACUUUCUCACCGGCACGUACAUGUUAGUGAUAGGGGUGGCUGACUUGGUGUUCCGAGACCGCUAUUUGUGGUACGAAGAAGCAUGGACGGGUGGAUGGUUGUGUCAGAUGUCCGGCCUCGUGUUCUGGAUGUGCGUGGAUGUGUCUAUCAUAACCUUGACCGCCAUCAUAGCAGAACGUCUUAUCGUCGUACGAUCUCCUCUCGAUUUUUCUCUGCACGGCAAAUCCUUGGUUACAAUCUGUUGCAUCCAUCUGGUUGCUUGCUUUAGUCUUUGCUGUUUUGCCCAUUCUUUGUACGUGGCAGUGGCAGUUCUAUGGGCAGAACUCAGUUUGUCUUCCUUUACCUGUCUUCGAGAAAGAUUACAAAGGCUGGGACUACGUCUUCGUACUGAUGCUUUUUCGCCUCGUCCUGACUUUAGUUGCUGGAGUUUGUCAUGCAUUCAGCGUUUGUACCUUGCAUCCUAG